GUUUCCUAACCUCCAGCCCACAACAGCCCUCAUAGUGUAAGUAAAUAUCUAAUAGUUUUUUGAAGUAAAUGACUAUGUACAUGCAAAGUAUGUGCCAGUAAACCACAUAUAUACCUUUUGAAUUUUACAUACUGUGAAAUAAAGUGCUGCCGAAAUCCCUUAAUGGCCUGGGCUUAGCCUAGGGAUGCAGCCUCGGAAACCAGCUCAGGUACUACAAACACAUUGGUCACAUUGGAAAAACAGACUUUUCAUUUGUAUAGACUGUUCCUUGCAGGCCUAGUGACGGGGGUUUUUCUUUAGUCUACAUCUCUUCUACACGAUCUCAUAACAUUUGUUUGUUUUUAUUACACUUACAUGGAUGUAUGGUUAUCAUGUCACAGCUGGCUUUCGAGUUCAUGCAAGAUUAAAGUUCUUAUAUUCAUUGUUCUGCAUUGCCUCUAAUAAUGUGAUGCCACAGAGCAUCUGUCUUUUGGCCUGACAUUAAUAGUUGCUCGGUAACCACGUGGGUUUUUUUGACCACUUCCUGCCUGUUCUGACUUUCUCGCUGCUACCACCCUUAACCAUAUCCUCAGACAUCACUUCUAAACUAUCAGUGGACAAGUACAGUAGAGAAAACAUCGUUUUUGUCAACUGAAGCGGUGUCUCUAGGUUUCAUAUGAACUGGUGAUAUGUCCAUCAAGAUGGCGUCCAUUCUGUCUCACCACCUCCUUUUCCUCAUUCUGCUUGCCCCAGAACUCCAAGUAAAUAUUUCUGGGGAAAUGGUAGAAGAAACUGCAGCCAAUCCCAUGUGCCUCCGUGUAGAAGCUCCUAAAGAAGUGACCGAGGGAGAAACAGCAGAUCUGACAUGUAACACCACCUGCAGUCUGACUGACCCAACAUUCAUCUGGUACAAAAAUGGACGUCCUUUAACCACAAAGACCAUCAAGAACAACCAGCUCCACCUGCAGACGGUCAGCAGUGAGGAUGCAGGCAGUUAUAGCUGUGCUGUAAGAGGAUCUCAGCACCUCCGCUCUACUGCUCACAGCCUCAGAGUCAGAUACCGUCCAAAGAGGGUCUCCGUGUCCAUCAGUCCCUCUGGUGAAAUAGUGGAGGGCAGUUCAGCGACUCUGACCUGCAGCAGUGAUGGAAACCCACCUGUGGAAUGUCACUGGUUUAUAGGAACAUUAUUAGUAGUUAAAGAAAAGAACUACACAAUUCCCAGUGCCAGCUCUGAGGACAGUGGAGAAUACAAGUGCAAGUGCAUGAAUGAACUUGGAGAGAGAUACUCUGAAGCUCUAACUCUGGAUGUUUGGUAUCCAACAAAGAACAUCUCAGUGUCCAUCAGUCCCUCUGGUGAAAUAGUGGAGGGCAGUUCAGUGACUCUGACCUGCAGCAGUGAUGGAAACCCACCUGUGAAGAAUUACACCUGGUUUAAAGAAGGUGGAACCUCACCUGUAGGAUCUGGACAGAAUUACAGCAUCAUCAGCGUCACUGCUGAUUACAAAGGGUGGUAUCACUGUGAAGCUUGGAAUAAACUUGGAAGACAGAAUGCAUCUGCAGCUUUAUUUCUACAUCCAGUUCGGAGUUACACGACUGUCUUUGUGACUGUGGGAAUAGCCUGUAUUGGAACUGUGAUCAUUGUGUGCUUUGUCUAUCUGCUGAUCAGACGGGCUAAACGAACAGUUCAGGGAGCUCCAUCCAGGCCCUGCAAAGUCAACAACACAGCUCUUAUCAAAUAUGCUUCAGGUGAAGUUGCAUAUGGAGGUCUUAAGGAUAAAGGCUCAUCCUUUCAUGAAAUAGAUGAAGAUGCCAAUGACACAUAUGUGGUUCCUGAUGAUCUUGAUGACCCGUAUGCUAAUGUUAAUACUGAUUCUGCUGAGGUUGCCUGCAUGAAUCAUGACAAGGAUGGAUCUCCUGACUAUGAAAAUGUCAACUGGAACAGAAAGUUGGACUGAGAUUGCAGGAGUAAAACCACCGGCCAUGACCUUUUCCUCAACCUCGCCUCUGACCGAACUGAAAUCAGACUGGUUUGUCACCAUUUCCCAGUAAAAUAGGGAGCACAUUUAACAUAGAUGGUGUUGUGGUUAAAAGUUUCCCAGUUGUUUGGAAGCUUGAUGUUAUUGUUGCUGCAUUACUCAAGACCUUUUUCUACCUUUUCAACAUUGCACUCUGUCUAGAUACAGAAAUAUUGGUCCAUACUUUUUAUAAGAUUAAGAGACCCUUAUUACUCCCACAACGGGGAAAUUCCACCUCUGCAUUUAAUCCAUCCGUGAAGUG